AGGGCCACCGAAUCUGUCAUAAUGUUCCAUAAUAAACAUAAAUUAGAUCCACACACUCUUAACGCGUCCAUAUGCAGAGUGGAGGCACAAUACUGUGGUCCAGCGAUACUAUACAUCUCAGCCAAAUUCGUUGAAUGGGAACUUAGCAUUAGCUAGGCUAGCUAACUUGCGAACGUUACGUGGCUUAAAGCAGAUAGCUACUAGCUAGCUUAGCUAGUUAACUAACUGCCGUGUUUACUAGUUUAGGGGGUGCGACGGCGACAAGCAGUCUCUGCCAAGUUGGCACGUCAGACAGGCUAUCUUUCAGUGACAAACAUGUUUUCUUAUUUACUUGUUCGUAUAGCUACUCAACUAGCUGCGAAUGCUUGUUUGUUUGACACGUUGUCGCAGGUCAUACAUGGUUGUGCUUGGUCAACAUGAGAUUACACCAUUACACCUUGACCUCGCCAAGACUGACAAUGAAGAGAAGUCGACAUCCAAGCAGCAGCGAAGAAGACUCUGAUAAUGGAAGUAACUCCACUUCCUGGUCCCAACAUUCUCAACCCAGGAGAGCCAAUUGGAAGAAGCCCUCAGAAGUGUUCAGGACAGACUUCAUCACGGCCAUGAAGCUCCAUGACACGUACCAUCUGAACCCAGAGGAUUACUACGUCCUGGCCGAUCCCUGGAGACAGGAGUGGGAGAAGGGAGUCCAGGUCCCCGUCAGCCCUCACACAAUCCCCCAGCCUGUAGCCCGGGGAGUGGCAGAGCGGGGGAUGGAGGUGAUGUUCACGACGCCUAAGAAGUGGAUCCGUUCUGGAUGUUCAGGGGCGCUGGGGUACGUGGACAUCCAGACCCUGGCUGAGGGGACGUGUCGAUACGACCUCAACGACACUGACGUGGCCUGGCUGGAGCUCAUCAACCACCAGUUCACUCUGAUGGGCAUGGUGCUGCUGGACGAGAUGACCAUGGAGAGAGGGAUGGAAGAGUUUGAGAGGCGUUGCUAUGACAGAAUGAGCCAUGCCAUGGCAACGGAGGAGGGGCUUGGCAUGGAGUACGACGAGGAUGUCGUGUGUGACGUCUGUCGGUCACCUGACAGCGAGGACAACAACGAGAUGGUCUUCUGUGACAAGUGCAAUAUCUGUGUUCACCAGGCAUGUUAUGGGAUUCUGAAGGUGCCAAAGGGAAGCUGGCUGUGUCGGACCUGUGACCUCGGCAUCUUGCCAAAAUGCCAACUCUGCCCCAAGAAGGGCGGGGCCAUGAAACCCACCCGCAGCGGAACAAAGUGGGUUCACGUCAGCUGUGCCCUGUGGAUCCCCGAGGUGAGCAUUGGGAACCCAGAGAAGAUGGAGCCGAUCACCAACAUGUCCCACAUCCCCAGUAACAGAUGGGCUCUGACCUGCUGUCUCUGUAAAGACCAGACUGGAGCCUGUAUACAGUGUUCAGCUAAGAGCUGUCGGACAGCGUUCCAUGUGAGCUGUGCCUUACAGAGCCUGGAGAUGAACACCAUCCUGACCGAGCAGGAUGAGGUCAAGUUCAAAUCCUUUUGCCCCAAACACUCCGGUCUGAAGGGAGGACAGGACGGAGAGGGGGAGGAGGGGGCCAGAGACAAUAAGUGGCGGAAGAGUGACAGAGUCAGAGGUGAUGAAGUUCCACCCCCCAAGGAGGAGAGCAGGGUGAACCAGCAGGCGGUGAACCUGCGUCAGAUCAAACUGCAGCAGCUGGAGGAGGAGUUCUACCAGUUUGUUGACGUUAAGGAGGUAGCCAAUCACCUGCAGUUGCCCCCGGAAACGGUAGACUUCCUGUAUCAAUACUGGAAGCUGAAGCGCCGAGCCAAUCACAGCCAGCCGUUGCUGACCCCCCAGAAGGAGGAGGAGGAGAGUCUGGCGAGGAGAGAGCAUGAUAUCCUCCUCCACCGCCUACAGCUGUUCACUCACCUCCGCCAGGAUCUGGAGAGGGUGCGUAACCUGAGCUACAUGGUCACACGGAGGGAGAAGAUAAAGAGGACUCUGUGGAGGAUCCAGGAACAGAUCUUCAGUCAUCAGGCCGCGCUGCUGGACCAUGAGAUCAUCAACGGGUGUCUGAACCACAGCGUCCGUCUCAGUGUGGUUUCGGCUCCAGUGGCGGUGUUGGGGUACAGCGGCCUGAAGACCCAGAGGAGAGACCGAGGGAGGGGAGGGCACCGGAGAGGAGGCCUACAUCUACUACACAAUCUGACUGAGGGGGGUAGACACAUCAGAGGACAGACAGACAAUCAUACCAGAGGACAGACAGACAAUCAUACCAGAGGACAGACAGGCAACAACUCCAGCAAACUGAAGACAGAAAGUAGAGAGAGCGGCAGACCCAGAAUAGAGGAUAGGAGGAGCCUGAGGAAGGAGGCCCCAGAAUCUGAGCAGCAACAGAAGAGCAGGAGAGGAGAGGACCAGAUAACGGAGAGGAGAAAGAGGAGGAGAGGAGAGACGGACCAGGGAAUGGACGAGAAGACAGGAGAGGAGGACCAUGGAACAGAGGGGAGGAGAGGACUCAAGGAAAGCUCUCCAAUCAAAGCCAAAACCAGACUGGGGUCAAAGGCCAGUAGGCUCAGUGAUAUGACUGAUGCUAAACCAGCCAAUAGAAUGAGUGAAGCUCGGGUUAGGUUAACUAGGGUCAAGGUUCAUAAUGUGACUGAGGCUAGGGUCAGGUUAACGAGGGUUAGGGUUAGUGAUCAUGUGACUGAGGCCAGGGUCAGGUUAACGAGGGUUAGGGUUAGUGAUCAUGUGACUGAAGUGAAGGAGAGGAAGGUGAGGCUCAGCGGAACAGACAGCCAAUCAGACCCCAGAGACACCACUGUAUCCAUGACAACCAAACACAACAGCUGGCUGGCCAGUGGGCCUGGUGGCAGCCAUCUUAAGAACUGGGGUAAGUUCAGAAUCCCAAAGAGGAGUGAGAGGCCAAAGGAGGAGCCAUCAAACCCCAACCCCCCACAGGACAGACUUCCUAACCCCCCACAGCGCAGACCUCCCAACCCCCCACAGCACAGACCUCCCAACCCCCCACAGGACAGACUUCCCAACCCCCCACAGCACAGACCUCCCAACCCCCCACAGCACAGACCUCCCAACCCCCCACAGCGCAGACCUCCCAACCCCCCACAGCACAGACUCCCCAACCCCCCACAGCACAGACCUCCUAACCCCCCACAGCGCAGACCUCCCAACCCCCCACAGCGCAGACCACAGCACAGAGAGCCGUCGUACCCCAGGAGACGACUCCGUACAGAGAGCGAUGGGUACUCCUCUGCUAACUCUGAAACUCCGCCCAGUGGGUUGGACAUGAAGGCAUGCCAUGCCCACCAGCUGAGGGGUGGGGCCUAUGGCUCUGACAUCAUCCACCAAGGGGUUCUAGCCUCCUGAUGACAUCAUCCUACUGAGAUGCAACACCGUGUUAAUAGAAAAUGAAGCUAGCCCGAGGUCGCUUUUUAUAAUCACAUUUACACAACUGAUUAUUUAUUAUCAUUUGUAAGGUUGUAUAUAUUUUCAAUUCUGUUAAGAUUAUUUUUUCAGUGAAUGUAUUAUGCCAAUUAACUGUAGACAUGCUCAUAGCCUCAACACAAUCACACCUGACAACUGGUUUUUGUUGAAGCCAUGUAUUUUAAUUUGUAGUUUCAAAAUCACAUUAUAGCACUUGCAAUUGAAGAAUGGUCAAGCAUUAAUGAUUAGUAGAAAAUGAAUUAAACCUGAAACCACCCCUUUCUAUACUUCCCAGCAGUGAGUCUAAUAUUUCUAGAAAACCAACAGGGGCUGAUGCUGUGGAGGUGGCUGGGUAUUGAACUGUUAUAUGGUGGGAUUGUCUGGACAAAUGCUGCGUUUGCAGUCUCCACUAACACAGGAACAUUGCAGCGAUACGGCAGGUCUAGGAUCUGUCUAUAAGGCGAAACUGAUCAGAGGCUUCAUGGAGAAUGAAACCAUUUCCUUGCCUGGGACUCAUGUGCCUAUCUUUAUUAUCAGUGUUUGCACUAAGACAGGAUGGCUAAGCUUGGAAUAAAUUAUUUUUACAGAAAAACAUUUUGCUGCAUUAUCGUUAUGCAAAUGACCAGUUCUGUCAUGUCUUAAAUAAAUUCACUCUUAAAUCA